AUGUCUUCCAGAACAAGAACCCUAGGCAAACGCGAUCCCUUCGAACCAUAUGACACCUCACAGAUCAUCCACAUUUCGCCUCAAAUGCAAUUCAUGGUUCGUGCUAUUGUAUCCAGUCUGAAUACCUUCAGGCGGGACAUUGAACCUUUAAACGAAAAUGGUGGAAUUGCGACAGACCCUGCAAAUGUCCGUGUUCUUCUCUGCGGUGAUGCAGCCGAUCUCAGGCAGUGUGUAAAUGCUAUCUCAGAAGCGGUCAACGAUGAUCCAUUCAUACUUUCGCGUAUCAUCGUGGCCAUUGAAGAUAUUGUUCCCUUCGCUCACGAUAUUCUCGAACUCGCGAAGCCCCAAAUAGUGGAAUGGAACGAGGCCGAUUACGAGGAAUAUCUGAUCGAGCGUGUUAAGCGCCGAACUGAUGACUUUGUCAUCGGUCUGGCAAUCGACCUCUCCCCGACUAUUCGCAGAGUCAGACGAAUCCGGCAGUUGCUGGAAAAAGAUGGUACGCUGAUAAUACCGAAUGAAGGAAAGGGAUGGAGGACAGCAUACCCAGAGCUGAUUGCGAGCUUCAUUGUAGAUGGUGGCCGCUUCUUAACUAUGGUAGAUUGUGUUCCUGGAUCUGCCGAGGCUAUAAGAGACUCGGAGCUGUUUCCACCGUUGGAAAGGCGUCUGCGUCCUACACCGGGAUUGAUUGACAUACGAGAAGUAAUACAUCAGUCCGCCCCAAAGGGAAAAUAG